GGAACUUUCCUAAGUCAGAGACUUUAGGACACGGGACCCAGAACCAGAUGGUCCGGAGGAGACGCGCCAGCCCCCGCCGCAGCUGCCGGAGCGGUGAAGCCCCGCCGCGCCGCAGGGACUGAUCCAGCCCGGGUGGGCAGCGCCGCGGGGCCGUGCCCACGCCAGGGACUGCGGCAGGGUCUGGAGCCCCCCACCCCGACGGCGGCAGCUUGACCCUCUGCCGGGGGGGGCCCCCUGCGUCGUUUCCUCCUCCCCGCAUCCCCCUUUGCUUUAAUGCAACGCCUGGUGGCCUGGGACGCAGCAUGCCUCCCCAUCCAGCCGCCCGCCUUUAAAUCCAUGGAAGUGGCUAAUUUCUAUUACGAGGCGGACUGUCUGGCUGCUCUCAACAAGCUGCACCCGCGGGCGGCCGGGGGCCGCUCCAUGACCGAGCUCACCGUCGGGGACCACGAGCGAGCCAUCGACUUCAGCCCGUACCUGGAGCCCUUGGCAUCGCAGCCGCCGCCUCCCGCGGCAGCAGCAGGGGGCAACUUUGAGCCUCCGUGCAGCAGCGGCGCCGGCCAAGAUUUCCUUUCCGAUCUCUUCGCCGAGGACUAUAAAGGCAGCGGCGGCAGCAAGAAGCCCGACUACACCUACAUCAGCCUCGCCCGGCACAGCCACCCCUGCGCCAGCCAGAGCCACAAGCCGGGGGGGCUGCCGGGCUGCUUCCCGCCCCAGAUCGUGGAAACCAAAGUGGAGCCGGUCUUCGAGACCCUGGACUCUUGCAAAGGGCCCCGUAAGGAAGAAGGGGGCGCCGGGCCGGGACCGGGGGGCAUGUCCUCGCCCUACGGCAGCACCGUGCGCUCCUACCUGGGUUACCAGUCGGUGCCGAGCGGCAGCAGCGGGAACCUGUCCACCUCGUCCUCCUCCAGCCCCCCCGGCACCCCCAACCCCUCCGAGUCCUCCAAGUCCGCCGCUGCCGGCGGAGGCUACUCCGCCGCCCCGGCGGGCAAGAACAAGCCCAAGAAGUGCGUGGACAAGCACAGCGACGAGUACAAGCUCCGCCGGGAGAGGAACAACAUCGCGGUGCGCAAGAGCCGCGACAAAGCCAAAAUGCGCAACCUGGAGACGCAGCACAAAGUCUUGGAACUGACGGCCGAGAACGAGCGGCUGCAGAAGAAGGUGGAGCAGCUCUCCCGGGAGCUGAGCACCCUCAGGAACUUGUUCAAACAGCUGCCCGAGCCACUGCUCGCCUCCUCGCCUCGCUGCUGACCCCCGGCCGGGCGGCGGGGCGAGCGGAGCCGCCGGUUCCCGGCCCCGCUCCGCGCUCCCGGGGCCGGGGCGAGGGGGGGCGAGAGCCCGCGGCGGGCGGGCGGGCGGGGUUGGUUUUAAUUUGUGUUGUUGCUGUUGGAUUAUUUUUUGUGUGUGUGUGUGUGUCUUUACAGACAUGUUGGCGGAAGGCUCCGCCGCCGCGCGGGUUCUGAGCGGGGUCCGGGGGCUGCGGGGGCGCGGGGGGACCCCGGCCCCGGCCCCGGGCGGGCUCUGCAGGCUGCUGGGCGCUGGGGUUAUUUAAAAGAGCGAGAGGAGAGCAAGGGCAAAGUGAUGCAAUCCUUUAAGCAUGGCUGGGAAUGCUGUGUACAUGAUGCAAUCUCGUGUAACUGUCAGUCAUGGAUUGAGUAAUCUGUUAAAGAUGUUCUUACAGUUUUUUUUAUUAUAAAGAAUAAUCUAUUUCUAUAAGAAAAUACAUAUGUAUAUUUUGGGAUCUAUGCAUUCUUGCUACAUUUGAAGCAUUAAUGAACAAUUUUAAUAAACUUUAUGACUAGGUUAAAAAAAAAAGUAGCUUGUGUUAUUUUGAAGGCACGUUUAAAGUUAGCUUAAACACAGGGUUGAAAUUCCAGCUGAUUCUGGCUCAUUGCUGUGAUCAGGGAUAGGGAUUUUUGUUGGUCUUUUAGCUUUCUCUGACUCAGAGAAAGGAAAAAAAAUCAACAACCAAAACCAAAACCCUCAAGAGAAACCCAGCAAAGAGCAGAGCUGGAAGCUUUAGCCAGUUCUUGUUGCCUCAUUUUAUUUCCUCUAAUCACUUGGUUUAGCUGCCACUUGGGUGUUGUUUGGGGAGGAGGUGUUUGUGUUGGGGUUUUUUUUGCACUUCAUGCUGUUCUGAACGUGUAGAGCAAGAUGUGCUAUCCAAACCAUGACCAAUCCUUGGCAAAUAACACCAAGUCUGAAGUGGGAGGGAGGAAGAAAAAGUAAGGGAGGAAGCUUUAAAUGAGUUUUUGUUUGUGUUUGGGUUUUUUUUCUUUACAGAGUUUCUAUUCUCAAUGAUUCAGCAUUUCUUAUGUUUGUAGUUUACAGGAAUAAACAUGAGAAAGUAGCAUUUCUGUUGGAUGUCGGUAAUUUCGGUCAUUGCUCAGGAAGCUCCCAUGAGACCUGGCCAGGUGAGAGGCUCCUGAAUAACCUCCUUCCCUUUGCUCUUGAGACAUUUUUCUAAAAACUGCAGAUAGAAUUCUCCGAUGAGGAGUGUUUGCUUCUGUGUGUGUGCGCAUUUUCUGGGGGCAAGUGAUGGACAAGUGGGGGGUGGCAGAGGAGGAGGAAGUUUGUAGCAGGCCAGAACUUUGUUUUGGAGAGAUCCAAGGCUCUGCCUGCUGCUGGAACAUGUCAGCCCUGCUGGGGCUCCCAGCUCUGUUAUUCCCCACUGUGUGCUGCCAUGUCAGGGUCUGUAAGAAGUGAACAGUCUCAGGCUGGUUAUGUGGAGGGAGAAGGGCAAAUGAUCAUGUCUUACUCAGCAUUUUCCAUUUUCCUGUUAGGCCAAAUUUAAACGUGAAUUUUUUAGAUCCCGAUUCCCUGUGCCUGGUAAAGAAACUCCUUAACUGCCUGUGCUCUGACAGCUCAGCACAAAAGGAAUUUCCAGUAUAAAGACAGUGGCCUUGAAUUUGCUCCUAUACAUUCCAAUACAAACAGCAGUGGGCUGCAGGACAAAUCUGCAAUUUGCUGCUUGUUUCUAGUCUUUCUUUAAGCAAAACAUGUUUUCUACUGAGAGAACUGUUCUGCUUUUUUUGACUCUCAAGAUCAGAGCCUCCUGCAGGCCCAUCAGCUGGAGCUCUCCCUGACAUUUGUUACACAUUCCCUGCGCCCCCAGGAGCCGUGCAGUCGUGAGCAGGACACUGUUGGUCCUGAUACAGAUUUCCCCCAUUUGCUUUUUGAUUUGUGCAGUGCAGUUCAGCUGUUUUUAUGAGACCCUAAAAUAGAUUUUCUUGGGUGAGCUCCUGCACCAGCAUGACUCAAGUCCUUGCAGGCAAGAUCGACGUUAGAUCUUGUCUUGACCGUCCCUCGUGACGGUGAUUACUCCAGCCUCCCGUGGCUGUUUAUUCUACUAUUUGUACAGUUACGAAACUUAUCCACAUUGUUAGAUCCUAUUUUCUUGUUGUGCUGUAGGCCAUGCAAUGUUACCCAAACUUACAAGCAGCGUUCCCAGUCAGAGCCCAGUGCUGUGGAGAGUGGAACUGCUGGAGGACUUAAGAUGUCCUCAAAUACUUUUCUUUCUUGCUGUCUUUCUUUCUUGCUUUCUCUCUUUCUUGCUUUCUUUCUUGCUUGCUUUCUCUCUUGCUUUCUUAAUAACAAAGCUUCCAACCAGAGUUCAGUUUGUGGGGGCUGGAAGGCAGGGUAGAUUGAAAGAUAAGAUGUACUGAAGGUAUUUAUAUCUGUUUAAAUAAUAGUCCAGUUUUGGAGAUAGAGCUCUACCAGGCAUGAAGGAGCUAAUCCCCAUCCUUAAACUCUGCCUGCCACGGUGCAGGAGAGCCAGGGUGGUGUUGCUGCAAUUUAAAGAAUGAUGUUUAAAUUACUGCUGUAUUCCAAAGUAUCUCCUAAUUAGGAUUACAGAUUUCUCCUUCAGGAGGAACCUUGUGCAGCAAUGAUUUUUUUGUCAGAAAGAUGCGGGUACAGACAGGAAAAUUGAGGACACAAAUGCACCAAUUUUACAGCAGUCUCGCAAGGAAUCUGUGAAAGAGUCAGAAAGAGAAUUCCCGAAUCCUUCAUUCUUAAUCUUGUAUUACCCUCAUAACUUACAUUGUAGGAGCUUUGUAGUACAUGGAGGUCAUGAAAUACCCUGCUUUCUAAACCAGUAUGUGAAAAAGCCCCUGUAAUUAAAACAUGUCCUAGAAAAAAUUAGUCUCGAAAAAGUAGUUUGGAAAUGAAUCUGAGAAGAUUCCAAGCAUAGAGUAGGCAAAAGAUUCCGAAUACCUUUACUAAUCGCAGUGGGGGAAUUGGAAAAUCCCUGUCCAAACAGUGGCUCAACUCCAAAUAUUGAUUUAUUUUCCCAUAACAAAUAAGAUUCUGCUGGCCAAGAGCAGGACUUGGGACGUCUGGGCUGGUCUCUGACAGGGUCUCCUGAGCUGCUCUUGCCAAAGCCACUCAGGUCAGCUUGUGCUAGGACUGUGCAGUCCAUGUGUGGGCAAACCAGGCAGAGAAGUGCAGACACCAGAGAUCUGUUUUGAGUUUUAUGGAAGUUUUUAAACAGCAUUUCAUUUGGGCUUUUUAUUUUUUUUUUCCUUUCUUUUCAAAUGAUGUGUUACACUGGCUGAUUCCUACAGGUCAUUCGUAUUGCUACUAAAAUAACAGAGUAGAAAUCAGUCUGUAAGAUCAAAUCCAUGGCACUGACAUCCCUGUUCCAAAGCACCUGGCACUGGUUUGUAAGGUGUUUGAAUUCAGCUGUGCUUAGUUCUUCAGAAGGAAUCAUAUGUAGCAUUUAUAAAAUAUAUUUAAGAAUACAAUUAUAGGUUUUUUUAGUGGUUCUUCAAAUUAUUACUCUCUGCUUAUCUGUCCAGAGUGUAACCCUGUGCACCUCUGACAUUGUGGUGUUGCUUUCCCACUUUUCCCACAGCCUUCCAUUGGUAACUCUUGGAAGAUGCAAGAAAAAUUAUGUGUCUUUCUAUACUAAUUGUUCUCCCUCUGUCAAAUAAAAUCACCCAAAUUGUACCCAAGGGCUAUUGGAUGGGAGACUUGAUCACGUUUGAUAACAGUAUGGUUUUUCCUCACUGGAAUCCUGCAAUAGCCCAAAAUUAGAGCCUGAAAAAAGCUUUGUGCACAAAGUUUACCUUUGCAGUUGAAUUGUGAGAACAACUGUCAUCGAUGUGGAUGUGUGUAAAAACAUGAAGUUACUCUCACACUGGUUUUCAAGCAAUGUUUCAUUAGCUGUGACCAGAAUAAAAUUCAAUGCAACUCUGUAUCUGCUUUAAUAAAGAGAAAAGCUGUAAGGUCAAA